AUGGGCGCCGACAUUCAGGACAUGAACCAGAGGCUGAGGGACGACGAGAAGGAGCGCCAGAAGCUGUUCCAGACGUUUGGCCAGUAUCAAAAGGCGCUCGGCUCGGGCAUCGCCAUGCUGCUGGACUGUGCGCGCAGUGCCGGCAUCCGCAACACGACCCGCGUGGAGGAUCUGGGCAUGCAUUUUGCAGAGGAUCCGUUCCUGUCGGAAGAGCAGCAGCCUGGCUCGAGCGGCGGCGCAGAAGCGCCCCCGAACGGAAGCACGGAUGGCUUGGUGGUACGGCCAGGAGGCGCCGUCUCUGAGCCGGGCACGGCACCAACUGUGCAGGCGAACGACGAGUCGCCCAAUGCUGAGGCUUCUUACACCCAAGCACAUGCCAUCGAGGCUGCAUUCCGCGCCGUGGCGCAGACAGCGAGCCCGAAGCAGGUGGAGAUUCUGGACGCCAUACGAAAUCCUGAAGCGGCCCUGACAAUCCUCAACGACAAGCAGCCCUCGACACGUGCUGCCAAGUCACGACCGGUCCUGUCUGUCUUCUCCAAGUCGCUCGGCCCUCUGGCCAGAUCCGGGUCCGAUGUGGCAGCAACGGCUAUGGGCAGUAUGGACUUUAUGCUGAGCAUGAGCAUGAACGUCUACGGCGAGGUCGACGCCACGCUGUCCGAGGUCGCCGACGCCGCCGACCUCUGUCGCCGCGAGCUCGCGCUCAACCCGGGGGAGACGCUCUUCCGCCUGACGAGCCAGGUGUACAGCGUCAUGUUCAGCAUGAGCAUCAUGUGCUACGAGUUUGUGCUGUCGCGCGCCACGGCCAAGCUGGCCAUGAUCCACACGUUUCGUCCCAAGCUGGACGUCAAGCUGGCGGAGCUGCGUCGCGCCUGCGACCGCGUCACGCGCGAGGUCGACUUUCGCCAUCGCGUCGAGAUGCGGCGGGCGGGCCGGACGAUUGCCGCGCUGCAGGUCGAGCAGCAGAAGAUGGCGGGCAUGCUGCGGGACCAGAAGGCCAUUCUCGAGUCGGUCCGGCAGGAGAGGACCAUGAUGGAGGCCGCGCGCGAGCAGCAGCGGAUUUCUGGAGCUCGUUCAGCAGAUUCAGUUUCAGAUGCAGGCGGAGCGGGCUGA